AUGGCAAAGACAGCAUUUGUUACGGUACUUUCAUUGGUGCUGCUUCUCUCAAUAUCCCGCACCGUGGUGGGUACAGAGAACCAAGCAGAAACCAUCUAUAAUCAGAUGAACCAGGCUGCCUCCCAAGUGAAGGAGACAAUGGAAAGCGUGUCAAAUUCCCUGGGAAAUAAAAUGGAGGAAGCCAAGGAGACCACCUCGUCAUGGACUGGCUGGUUUAACCAUGUGUUGCAGAACAUGGGUUUAGGUUCGGGAAAUCAUCAAUCAAAAGCAGCAGCAGGACCAGGACCAGCACCCGCACCGACACCCAUUGCAGCAGGCCCCCGUGCCAUAAGAUUUUGA